AUGAAUAAAAAAUGCGAGAAUUGCCUAAAAAAAUGCAAUUCUUGGGAUCUUAUAUGUUCUUCAUGUUUACUACUUCUGAAAUUACCAUCUUCUAUUCAUUUUUAUAAGAUUUUCCCCAAAUCUCUUAAAGAACCACCUCCAGAUGGCGAUUUUCAAAUUGAUACAAAACAAUUACAUAAAGAAUAUUUAGAAAUUCAAAAAAAAAUACAUCCUGAUAUUCAUGCAAAGAAUGGAGACAAACAACGGAUGCUCGCUGAAUCUUUAACAUCAACACUAAACACUGCAUAUUCAACACUUGUAGAUCCACUAUCUCGUGCAGAUUAUUUACUUUCUUUUUACAAUAUUCCUAUUUUAGAUGAAAAUAAAACUCAUCAAGAUACUACAUUUUUUUCAAAAAUUAUGAAAUUGAAUGAAGAAAUAGAAAAUUCAAAAAGCCAAGCAGAUAUACAAUCCAUACAAAGGGCAAUUUAUGAAGAAAUUAAAAAGGAAAUUAUGGAAAUUAGAUCUGGUUUUAAAACAAUGGAUUUUCAAAUUAUUAAACAAGCAACUAUACGACUUAAAUAUUGGACCAAUAUGAAACAUACAUUACAAGAAAAAAGUUAUUUUUAAAUAUUUUUUAUGAAUGAUUUAUUAAUAUUUUCAAUAUUAUUUUUUAUAUAAAAAUAUAUAAAAGAAUUUUAUAGCUCAUAUAAUUUAUAAAUAUAAAUUAAAUUAGUGUUAAAGUUUAACUGUCGAAAUCUGAACCAACAA